GCCCCGGCGCCCGCGCCCGAGGCCUCGGCACGGGGUCUCUCUAGUCCUCGGUGCUUGGGUCAUGUUUGUUGAGCAGCGCUGAACCAGAGGCGUUCCCGAACCUUACGGGAAGCACGCAGCUAUCCUAGAACAAACUGCGUCUCUGAAUCCCGGGCUGAGCUGUGCCACCAAACGGGGUGACCUUCACUCGAGAGGGAUCAUAGGGAUGCGCAAUACCGUUCUUGCCCUGGAGGAGUCUAAUGGAAACAGGUUUUUUUUUAACGGCGCCGUUCUGUGAAGGGUGCAAAAGAAAGAACGUCCAGACAGGAAAGGUCACUGAGAAGACAGGCACUACCUCCGAGGACAGAGAAAAUGGCUGUUGACCAGGACUGGCCCAGCGUUUAUCCUGUCGCAGCCCCAUUUAAACCCUCUGCUGUACCUCUGCCUGUUCGAAUGGGUUAUCCAGUUAAAGGGGGGGUGCCCAUGGCAAAGGAGGGAAAUCUAGAACUUUUAAAGGUCCCCAAUUUUCUACACUUGACUCCUGUAGCAAUUAAAAAACACUGUGAAGCUCUUAAAGAUUUCUGUACUGAGUGGCCAGCUGCACUAGACAGUGAUGAGAAAUGCGAGAAGCAUUUUCCAAUUGAAAUUGACACAGCUGAUUAUGUUUCAGCAGGACCAUCUAUUCGAAACCCCAAAGCACGGGUAGUAACCUUAAGGGUUAAACUUUCCAGUUUGAAUUUAGAUGAUCACGCAAGGAAGAAACUUAUUAAACUUGUAGGAGCGCGGUACUGCAAGACCACAGAUGUGCUCACCAUCAAAACAGAUAGGUGCCCUUUAAAAAGACAGAAUUAUGAUUAUGCAGUGUAUCUGCUAACAGUUUUAUACCAUGAGUCUUGGAAAACUGAAGAAUGGGAAAAAAAUAAGACUGAAGCAGACAUGGAAGAAUUUAUCUGGAAAAACAGUGCCUCAGAAAAAAAUAUCCUGGAAACACUUCUCCGAAUUAAAGCUACUGAGAAAAAUCUGGAAGUAAAUAAAGAAGAGCUCCUUGGUACAAAAGAGGUUGAAGCUUACAGAGAGUCUGUUGUUAAUCUUAAAAACGAGGGGGACAGUGAAAACACCCUUUCCCAGUACAAAGAGUCUGUGAAGAGACUGUUGAAUCUGGUGUGAUUUAUGAAGAAAAGUCUGCUUGAUAUAUUAAUUUUAUGGUUCAUAUGUAAUCAUUACCUAAUCUAAUAAAAAGUUGAAAAUGUUAAAA